AUGAUUGCCUUGGACGACCUGACAAUCAACAAUUUGGGACUUGUCAACGUGAUAACCGGCGAGUCUUUCUCGAAAGAGCAACUCGAGGAGUUCAAAGAGUCGGGCGAACUGGCCCAGUUCGCAUACUUCAAAGAGGUGCCUGUUGGAGUCGUGGUAAGCAAGCCAGUCCAACCGGUCCACUCUAAAUCGCCUGUGGGACUACUUAUCGACGUUUGCAGUGUUUUACCCGCCUACAGCUCGAAAUAUGACGUUGAGCGCCAACUGCUGAGCCACAUCGAGGAGAUCACGAAAAAGAGACAUCUGGAUAGAGUGUACGUUGCAACAGAAAAUCCAGCUCAAUGGGAAGCCUUUGGAUUCGCCGUCGAAGACCACACACAAGAACUGUACCGCGGACUCGAAUUGGUGAAACAAGGCCGUACCCUUCUGAGAAAAGACCUGUCCAAAUGA